AUGGCAGACCAGACUCUCAAGACGAUCCACCCUUGGCUUCAGGAGAAUGACACCAAAGUCUCCUCAGGCGGGACUGUGAAGAGCUACUCCCAUGACUUGGGAUCAGGCCCAGUCCUCUGCGUCGUCCAUGGCUGGCCCCAGAGCGCCUACAUGUGGCGACACGUAAUCGCCUCCUGGAAAGACUCCAUCUCACUCUUCAUCGUCGAACUCCCCGGCUACGGCUUCUCCUCCCUCCCCCCAGCCCACGACAAACGCACCGUCGGCACCCUCAUCCUCGAAGCCCUCCAACAAGUCUUCCCAUCCCGCCCAGUCGUCUGGUGCGGCCACGACCGCGGCGCCCGCAUCGGCCACCGCAUGAUCGUCGACAACGACCCCAAACACAACAUCACCUCCGCCAUCCUCAUCGACAUCGUCCCCACCAAGGAACAAUGGGCCGCCUUCGCCAACCCCCUCGCCUCCGUCGCCUACUACCACUGGCCCUUCCUUGCCAUCCCCACCGCGCCCCAACUCAUCGAGGGCUUCAACAGCGGUCCGGGAGAAUUCACCCGCAUCAACCUCUCCCGCGCGCAAGGCGCCAACUCCGCCGGCGUCGCGAAAUUCCGCGAGGACCUCGCCAUCGACCACUACGCGCAUCAAUUCACCAACCCGGAGUGUGUGGCGGGGAGUUGUGGGGAUUACGCAGCCGGGGCGACGACAGACGUGGAGGCGCAGGAGAAGGAUCAGAGGGAGGGGAGGAAGGUGAGUGUGCCGCUGAUGGUGGUUUAUUCCGCGGGGAGUUUGGGGCGGAUGCAUAAUGUUGAGAAGGUUUGGGGUGGGUGGGUUGAUGGGAAGGCUGGGAAGGAGGUGAGGUUUGAGGGGAUUGGGGAUGAGUUUGGGCAUUAUUUGCCGGAGGAGUGUCCUGAGAAGAUUGUGGGUUUGGUGGGGGAGUGGAUUGGGAAGUAUGGGAAGUGA